UGUGUGGGGAUCUCAGGCUGUUGCACGAUCGAUGUUCAUUGAUUGUGUCCCUGACGAACUGUUCUACUUUCCAACCAAUCUUUGCCCCAGAGAGAGAGAGAGAGAGAGAGAAAAAAAAUCCAUGAAAUGCAUUUGCAUGUACUUCCAGAGCGAUCUGGGAUGUAGAGGAAAAGGCUCGCAAGGAAUCGUAAAAAGUUGACCGAGGAAAGGGAAUGUUUGCCAAUUUCAUCUCGACUUAAAACCAGUCUCUUCCACCUUCAGGAAAAAAAAGCUAGAGCCUGCCGGUCGGCGCCCGGGGGGGAAGAUCACGGCCAGAGGAAUAACGUGACGCUUCCGGGAAGGUACGCUGGAGACUUCGGGACCCGCCGUCCCAACGCUCAAGAUCGGCCGCGUUUCCUCGGACCCAACGCUGAGAAGGGAGCGAUCGCACUCCGUCCGCACGGAAUUCUAUUUGUUCCGAUUUCUCCAGCGUUAACAAAACCUUUUGAACCAUGUCGAGUGCCAGGAAACUCAUUGAACAGCAGAUCAGGCAGACAGCAGCGGCGGACCCCGGGGAGAGGGGAGAGGGUCGUCAGGACGGUGAACUCCGUGUGGAGUUGGAGAAAAGGAACAGGAGUGGGAUCAUUAAUGAGCCCAUCAGCAAAGUGCUAAAGAAAUCUCGCUCGUCCUCGCGCUUCUCCACGUUUGGCGGGAGCAGCCUAAUGGCGGCGCAGUUACAGAACGGGAAUAUCUUGCUGAACGGGAAAGAGCCCGCGGGUCUUGAAAACAACAGCAGCACGACUACCUCCAGACACAAGCGCCUCUCCCACCCGCUGGACAAAUCGGAACGCUCGCUCGACAGCUCGGGGCAGGAAGGGGGCAUGCAGGCCUCGGAGCUCCAGAAACAAAGCGAAACCGAGAGUGUUUUCCUCCCGGGAGAGCGGGAGGCCGGCAUCUCCGACAUGGAGGUGGUCUCGGCAGCCGAGGCCAUCAGCGGCGGUCCCGUCGACCUGCCCUUCAUGGGCGGGAUUCCCUUGAAUCCCGGCGUUUUUAUCAUGACCCCGGCCGGGAUAUUCAUGGCGGACAGCGCGCUCCAGAUGGCGGGGCUGGUGGAGUACCCGCUGCAGAACGAGCUGGCCUCGGCCAUUCACUCGGGAAAAAAGAAACGGAAGCGGUGCGGGAUGUGCGAGCCCUGCCGGAGGAGACUCAACUGCGAGGAGUGCAGCAGCUGCCGGAACCGCAAAACAGGCCAUCAAAUCUGCAAACUGCGCAAAUGCGAAGAACUUAAAAAGAAACCGACGGCGGCCCUGGAGAAAGUGAUUCUUCCAUCCGGAGCGGCGUUUCGAUGGUUCCAGUAGACGUGAGCGCGGUGCUCAGAGUUGUGUCAUUACAAAGUGCAAUGUGUCUGCUUGCUUGUAUUGUCUCAGGCAAACAUUGUCAGCCGAAAUAUACACAGACGACACCCUGUGUGUGUUAUCUUUUUUUUCUUAGAACCAAAACUCUCUUUCUGCAACUCUUCAUUCCAAUUUUUAUGGAGGUGAACCUUAUGUUGUAAGAAUGAAUAUUUCUCUAGUCAUUGUACGAUGUCAGUGCUAUUGCAACAAAUCUGUAAAAUGCAGUGCCGAGAUGAAAUGGGAAAGAGUAUGGACAAUCAGAUUUAUUUUGUGUUUAAAUGUUGAUGUCUGUUUUUAGUGCGUUGGAAGGUGCUAUAGGAAUGUUUAGCAAGUUGAUUUUACAGAUAUCUUUUGAGACUAGUUGACUGACGACACUGUUUUUAGGCAUAGCACAAAGGUUAAAAUAACACGCGUUUAUCCCAGCCUGUUUUUUUUUUCUUUUUCCUCCCUCCUUUCUGCAUCGAGAUGCAUAUUUCCCCCCCACACACACGCA